AUGCGUCCUACGAGGGUCCACGCGGAGUCCAGUCAAGUGAACAUGUCCAGUUUCUCCGCGGCGUCUGUGCGGUCAAGGGCGGAGCUGGACGAUGCUGUCAGGAAGAUGUUGGGGGGUCAUGGAAACCGACUUGUGGAACUCUGUAAAGGAAAUCCAGUAACCAACUCAGGUAAACGUAUUCAGAUGGCGAAGAUGUUGACGCUGACUAUCAUCCCCACCGUCAUGCUUGUCAUCAUCUCCGUCAUCGACGUCGUGAACGUGUCAGCGCGCAACCAGGUCGGCCAUAACGUGCAGGACAUGAUUCGACUAAGCACAGAGGUUGGCAAGUUCAUCCAUUACAUUCAGCGGGAACGAGGCUACACUUCACUGUACAUUUCGGCCACCCCCAGCGCGGGGUCUGCUGAGCUCAUGAGGAACAGCUUCCGGGAAACGAACCAAGCCCUAGCGUCGCUCAGACGAUGGCCUGGCGAGACACAAACACCAAUGAAACUAUUUCCCACGAAAGAAAACUUUUUGCUUUACCUUCAAGAUCACAGAGAUACGUUGCUUACCACCCCUGGAACGACCUCUCUUUACGAAGAGGUAAAGUUCUACAAUAACGUUGUCAAGGCGUUCAUAUCGUGGUUGUAUAAGGCUAUACAGUUCUCGCAAGAAGGAGAUACCUGGAGAAUGAUGGUUGCCUAUCAACUGCUCUUAACAAGUAAAAAUGACAUGGGCGUUGAAAGAACGCUCGGGAGUGUCUUUUACUUGACUGGGCAGUUCGAUCAAAGCUUCUACCUUUGGUAUCUCCGCAAGAAAAAUGUCGGGAAUGGAAACUUUGAAGCCUCCAAACUCUUUUCACCUCUUGUUGGGCCCUAUUUUCAACAAGACCUUGAGCAACAAAAGCAAACCAACAUCACCAAACACAUUGAAAGCAUGCGUGAGGAAAUAAGUACGAGCAAUGGCACAGUACCCGUAUCGGCCGAUAAGAGCAGGUGGUUGUUCGACAACAUGACUGUAUAUCUCGACGUCCUGUUCGACACGCAGCUUUAUCUUGCUGACGCCAUUCUGAAAUCAAUGGACGCUGAAUUCACAGAAGAUAUACAAGACAUAUCGGCGAGCAUAGCUGUUCUGUGCGCCAUUUUGGUUAUCUGCCCUUUAAUAGUCAUAUCGGUGCGUGCAUUGGUGUCGGAUAUUCAACGGUUCGCGUUCACGCUCGCUGACCAAACUAAGGAAUUGACACGGGAACGACACAGGACGGAAUCGUUGCUGUACCAAAUGAUUCCAAAGGCUGUUGCAGACCAGUUGAAGACCAACACAGAGGUGGAGGCGGAGAGUUUUGAAACAGUUACUAUUUUCUUUUCGGAUAUUGUCGGAUUUACCAACAUUUCGUCCACGUGUACACCGAUGGAGGUGGUGGCGCUGUUGAACACCUUGUACACGUGUUUUGACGCCCGUCUCGAGAUCUACGAUGUCUAUAAGGUGGAGACAAUUGGGGAUGCUUACAUGGUCGCUUCCGGUGUUCCGAGAAGAAAUGGCAACAAGCACGCUGUGGAGGUGGGAACAAUGGCGCUUGACCUCGCACAUCAUGUGACCCAUCUAGAGAUCCCCCAUUCCCCCGACACCCCAUUCCGUCUCAGAGCUGGGGUUCAUACAGGACCAGUGGUGGCAGGUGUAGUGGGCUCCAAGAUGCCGAGAUACUGUCUGUUCGGGGAUACAGUCAACACAGCAUCCAGGAUGGAGUCCACGGGCAUGUCGGACCGAAUUCAACUGAGCAACAACACCUACUACUGCCUGAAGGAAAUCGGGGGCUUCAAUUUUGAGAGAAGAGGAGAGAUCGAAGUUAAGGGGAAGGGUCUCAUAGCUACAUACUGGCUUCUCAACAAGGACGGGUUUGACAAUCAGCUGCCAUGUAUGCCCGGGUGCAAGAAGUAUACUGAAGCCCAUAAGAGACGCAUCAGCGAGUAUGAGCAAGCCCCGUGCAGCUACGUCGGAGACUGA